AUGAACACCACCACGGGAGAGCUGCUCGCCGUCAAGCAAGUCGAGGUCAACCAUAAAGGGCAGAGCGCAGACCCGAACAAGAUCCGGGAGAUGGUGAAAGCCUUGGAUCAGGAGAUCGACACGAUGCAGCACUUGGACCAUGUGAACAUCGUGCAAUACCUUGGUUGCGAGAAGAAAGAGUACAGCAUUUCUAUCUUCCUCGAGUACAUCUCUGGUGGCAGCGUCGGCUCCUGUCUCCGAAAGCACGGCAAAUUCGAGGAACCUGUCGUCAGCUCGCUCACUCGGCAGACACUCGGUGGUCUAGCUUACCUUCACAGCGAAGGCAUCCUCCAUCGCGACUUGAAAGCCGACAACAUCCUCCUCGACCUCGAUGGGACCUGCAAAAUCUCUGACUUUGGCAUUUCCAAACGUAGCGCGAACCCUUAUAACAACGACAUCACCAAUAGCAUGCAAGGCAGCGUCUUCUGGAUGGCUCCCGAAGUCAUCCGCGCGCACCAGGGCUACAGUGCCAAAGUCGACAUCUGGUCGCUGGGCUGUGUCGUGCUGGAGAUGUUUGCUGGACGCCGACCGUGGAGCAAAGAAGAGGCCAUCGGCGCGAUUUACAAGUUGGGCAGUCUGAACCAGGCGCCGCCCAUUCCGGAUGAUGUUUCGACUGUUGUGGGGCCGGCGGCGUUGAGCUUUAUGUAUGAUUGCUUUACGAUUCAACCGGGCGAGAGACCUACGGCGGAAACGUUGCUUCGUGCUCCGUUCUGCAUUUUCGAUCCGCAUUACAAUUUCUUGGAUACUGAAUUGUAUGCGAAGAUCCGUGGAGCGUUCUGA